CUGAGGCCUCAUCCUUCCAAUGGCGGCUGCUAGCUGGCUGAAUAGAAAGCGGGAGCAACUGUGGAGGGGGUCCGAGGAGUGGAACAGAAAUUAAAUAAAUAUAUCACACUCUUUUCUAAACCUAAAGUUAGUACCAAAAUUGUAUAUCCCGAAAGCUAUGGCCGAUUCAGUGGCCAAAAAUGGGAAUAUUUCGCUCCUUGAAUCGGAGCUUUAUUAUCUUAUCUCACGGUUUCUGACAACGGGUCCUUGUCGGAGAGCGGCUGAGGUUCUUGCGAGUGAACUAGAGGAAUAUCAGCUUCUUCCCCGUAGGCUGGACUGGGAAGGAAAUGAGCAUCCAAGAUCUUACGAAGAUGUGGUUGCAGCGAACAGGCACAUUGCUCCAGACCACUUGCUGCAGAUAUGCAAGCGCAUUGGGCCCAUUCUGGAUAAAGAAGUGCCACCCAGUGUGUCAGGAGUUGGCUCACUGCUGGGCACAGGGAGGCAGUCCUUACUCCGCACAUCAAAAGAUUGCAGCGUCGUGAAGUGGAAAGGCUCAUUCUUCGCUGCACUCCACAGAGGAAGACCACCAGAGAGGCCUUCAAGUUGUCACAGCGCCCCAAAUUUAGUGAAAGUAUGCCGGGGCAGAGAGCUGACGGGCGCGCAGAGGUACAGCUCUGUGAACCCGGUGAGCAACUAUCAGAACAUGAAGAUGCACCGCCGGAUCCUGGGCCACCUGUCGGCCGUCUACUGCAUCGCCUUCGACCGCACCGGCCUCAGGAUUUUCACAGGCUCAGACGACUGUUUGGUGAAGAUCUGGUCCUCCUUCGACGGCAGGCUUCACUCCACGUUACGGGGUCACUCGGCGGAGAUCUCGGACCUGGCCGUGAACUUCGAGAACACUCUGAUCGCUGCCGGCAGCUGUGACAAGACCAUCCGCGUGUGGUGCCUUCGAACCUGCGCCCCUGUGGCGGUGCUACAGGGACACACUGGCUCCAUUACCUCUCUACAGUUUUCUCCAUUUGCCAAGGGCCCAAAACGAUAUAUGGUUUCCACGGGAACCGAUGCAACAGUCUGCUUCUGGCAAUGGGAUGUUAAAACUAUCAAUUUCAUUGAUCGGCCACACAAGUUUACAGAGCGGCCCCGGCCAGGUGUUCAGGUGGUCUGCUCGUCCUUUAGCCCAGGUGGCAUGUUUUUAGCGACGGGCAGCACAGACCAUGUUAUCAGACUAUAUUACCUGGGAUGUGGCAAUCCAGAGAAAGUAUCUGAAUUAUCUGACCACACGGACAAAGUGGACAGCAUCCAGUUCUGUCACACAGGAGAGCGGUUUGUGAGCGGCAGUGGAGACGGAACGGCGCGGAUCUGGCGGCUGCACCAUCGGCAGCAGUGGAGGAGUCUUCUCCUGGACAUGAGCUUAACGCUGCCGUCUGAAACAGUAAGGGACAACUCUUUCAAGGCCAAGGUCACCAUGGUGUCCUGGGAUCGCCAUGACAACACUGUCAUCACCGCUGUCAACAACUAUCUGAUCAAAGUGUGGAACUCGUACACAGGAGCGCUGCUGCAUGUCUUGAAGGGUCACGAGGCGGAGGUGUUUGUGCUGGAGCCACACCCGUUUGACCCCAGGGUCAUGCUGUCGGCUGGCCACGACGGGAACGUCUUCAUCUGGGACCUCCUGAAGGGCACAAAGACACAGCACUACUUCAACAUGAUUGAAGGCCAGGGCCACGGCGCCGUCUUUGACUGCAAGUUCACACCGGAUGGCCAGCGCUUCGCCUGCACGGACUCGCACGGCCACCUCAUCAUCUUCGGGUUCGGCAGCUCCAAGCCCUACGAGAAGCUUCCAGAUCAGGUGUUCUUCCACACGGACUACAGGCCGCUGAUCCGCGACUCGAACAGCUACGUGCUGGACGAGCAGACGCAGCAGGCUCCCCACCUCAUGCCCCCGCCCUUCCUGGUGGAUGUCGACGGCAACCCCCACCCUCCCCGGUACCAGCGGCUCGUCCCGGGCCGAGAGAACAUCGCAGACGAGCACCUGGUCCCUCAGCUGGGCUAUGUGGCGACAAGUGAUGGAGAGGUGGUGGAGCAGGUGAUUAGCCAGCAGCCCAGUGACAGUGUGGAGGCGGCAGCGUCGAGGCGGAGCGCUCUGGACGAGGCCAUCCGCGUCCUGCAGCGGAACCAGGACCGACGGAGCAUAAGGCCGCCCGAUGGGGGCCCCCCGCCAGUACUGGUCCCCGCCGCCCUACCAGCCCCUGGAACCCCCCGCAGAGUGUCUCUGAAUGAGCGCCUGGAGCUGCAGUCGUCUCCUAACGUGGGCCUGCGGCGUAGCGGGCAGGUGGAGGGGGUGCGCCAGAUGCACCAGAACGCCCCCCGCAGCCAGAUGGCCACCGAGAGAGACCUUCAGGCCUGGCGCCGCCGCGUGGUCGUGCCUGAGCUCACCAACAGCACCUACCUGGAUCAGGAGAGCUUCAGGAUAGCCAAAGGCGAGGAGGAGCUCACCCUCUACAACAUUAAGAAGCGAAGGGUCAUUCACAGCAGCUUCAGGGAUGACUCGGACGAUGAGGUGCCCUGCCCGAAGCGCAGUGUGUCACGCAAACGCCAGCGGAGGAACAGUCUCGCCGAGGAGCUCAUCGAGUUCUCCUGCGAGGAGGGCGAGGAGACGGCCAGCUCCGAGGACCAUGAAAUGGAGGUUGACUCGUCCAAUGAGGAAGAGGAGUGGAAGAGUGACAGCUCGAGCAACUCGUCAGCUGAGUACUCUGAUUGGAUGGCUGACGCCGGCAUCAACCUGCAGCCCCGCAACCCGCUGUCGUCACGGAGACGGGCGCGGCGUCAGCUCAGCAGCUCGGAGGAGGACGCAGAGGAGGAAGAGGAGGACGCAGAGGACGCGGAGGAGGAAGAACCGACCACACGUGAUGAAGAGGAACAGACGCCUCAGCCUCACAAGCAGAAGAAGGUCAAGAGCAAGACACCCAAGCAUCCCAAAGCUCGGCCGUCCAUCCUCAGGGAAGUCUCCACCGAGUUCCGGCCCUCCGUGUGGAUCACUGACGUCAUUCCCAGGAAAUCUCCUUUCGUCCCGCAAAUGGGCGAUGAGGUGAUCUAUUUCCGUCAGGGCCACGAGGCCUAUGUGGAGGCCGUGAGCAGGAACAAUGUGUACCCCAUCAACCUGGACAAGCAGCCCUGGAAGAAGAUGGAGCUGAGGGACCAAGAGUUUGUGAAGAUCACAGGGAUCAAAUACGAGGUGUGUCCUCCCACCCUCUGCUGUCUGAAGCUCACGCUGAUUGACCACGGCACUGGCAAGCUGACAGACAAGACUUUCUCCAUCAAGUAUCAUGACAUGCCAGAUGUGAUUGACUUCCUGGUUCUGCGGCAGUGCUACGAUGAAGCCCGGAACCGAAUAUGGCAGCCGAAUGACCGGUUCCGCUCCGUCAUCGAUGACUGCUGGUGGUUUGGGACCAUAGUGUGUCAGGAGCCGUACCAGCACGAGUAUCCCGACAGCCACUUCCAGUGCUUCAAAGUCAAGUGGGACAACGGCGAGAUUGAGAAGCUGAGUCCGUGGGACAUGGAAGCCAUUCCAGAGAACGCCGAGCAGCCGGAGUCUGUUGGGGGCGGGGUGCCGGUGACUGGAGAGGAGAUGACUGAAGUCCUCUACAAGCCCCAGACAGGAGAGUGGGGGGAGCGGUCACGUGACGAGGAGUGUGAGCGCAUCAUCGCUGCCAUCGACCAGCUCAUCACUGUGGACAUCACCAGCCCGUUCUCCGGUCCGGUGGACAUUGGUCAGUACCCCACGUACUGCACGGUCAUCGCCUACCCCACGGACCUGGGGACCAUUCGCAUGAGGCUGACUCACCGCUUCUACAGGCGACUUCCUGCAUUGGCCUGGGAUGCCCGACACAUCUUCCUCAAUGCCAAGACCUUCAAUGAGCCUCGCAGCAAAAUCGCAGAGUCUGCCAAACUCAUCACCGACUCCCUCCUCAAAUUCAUCAGUAAACCGGAAUCUACUGACAUCAUGGAGAUCUACAAUGCACUGGAGAACAUGGAGUACUCUGACGAGGACCUGGACACUGAGGUGCCUGGAACAUCCUCUGGACAUGGUUUGCGUCAGCCGACAGCAAAGCCUGCGCCUGACCCUGAGGCUUGGAAGGAGAAGUGUCAACGUCUGGUGAACUACAUAUUCGAGUGCGAGGACUCUGAGCCUUUCCGUCGGCCCGUGGACCAGCACGAAUACCAUGAUUAUUUGGACAUCAUUGACUUGCCUAUGGAUUUCGGGACCGUACGGAACCUUCUACUGCAGGACCGAUACGAGAAUCCUGUCGAGCUUUGUAAAGACAUUCGGCUGAUCUUUGUCAACGCGAAAGCCUACACGCCAAACAAACGCUCAAAGAUCUACAGCAUGACUCUGCGUCUGUCUGCGUUCUUCGAGGAGCGCAUCAGAACCAUCAUAUCUGAUUACAAGUCGGCGGUGAAGAGCAGCGAGAAGCUGCGUCGUAGCCAGAGGUUCCGCAAGAGACAGAUGUCCCAGGAAGCUCCGGCACCAGGCCACGGAUCCACCAGCAACCAGAAAAGGGCUACUGUGAAAGCUCAGGAAAAGGUGGAGACAUCUUCAACCAAAUCUACCUCAGCCAAAGUGUCUGCAGCGGAGAGGAGCAGCACAAGGACACGCAGAGGACGCAAGUCCCCCACCCACUUGUCCUCCUUCGACGAGGAUGACGAGGACUCUUCCGGGUCCAAAGCAGCAUCCUCCAGUCCGGACUCCGACAGCGAGAGCGAAGUGAGUUUGAGCGAGUCGGAGGGCCGAUCCCGGGGUUCGUCGCGGCAGCACCUCAGGAGAGAGACGCGGCGGCCCGGCCGAGCCACUCGGAGCCAAGCGGGCAACCAGAGAAGAAAGGGUAAAAGCAUUGUCUAAAUCGACCAGAGAAGAACGGGUAAAAGCAUUGUCUAAAUCGACCAGAGAAGAAAGGGUAAAAGCAUUGUCUAAAUCGACCAGAGAAGAAAGGGUAAUAGCAUUGUCUAAAUCGACCAGAGAAGAAAGGGUAUAAGCAUUGUCUAAAUCGACCAGAGAAGAAAGGGUAUAAGCAUUGUCUAAAUCGACCAGAGAAGAAAGGGUAUAAGCAUUGUCUAAAUCGACCAGAGAAGAAAGGGUAAAAGCAUUGUCUAAAUCGACCAGAGAAGAAAGGGUAAAAGCAUUGUCUAAAUCGACCAGAGAAGAACGGGUAAAAGCAUUGUCUAAAUCGACCAGAGAAGAAAGGG